AUGAGCAGUCGAAAGCAAACUUUGGGGGAGAAGAUUACAGAUGAGCUGAAUAAGCCCAAAAAUAAAGAUAUCGACAUAGAGGAUGUUGGAUUUAAUGACAAGGUCAAUGGUUUGACUAGUGAAUCUUCUGGUGAAGAGGAUGGAUCAGAAAAUGAAGAACUAGAGACACAACAUUAUGUAAAGGUGUCCAAAAGUAGGCUACAUACAAAUCGGGUCAAACUUGGACCAAAGUAUAGCGGGGAACAUGCAUCAAGAUCGGAGAUCUUUGGAUCUGAUGAUGAAAUGCAAGAUAGCAAUAAUUCAACAUCGGACGAUGAUAUUUUGGCGGAUGUUACAGAUUCAUCCGAAGAUGAGCAAACAGAGAGUGUUAACAAAGAAGAAGAAAAUGAUGAGCAGUUGGAGGCAAGUGAUAAUGAAGGAGAUGACAAUGAAAAAUACAAGAGAGAACAACUUAGCCGCAUUUUAAAUAAAGAGAAGAAGCUCACAUUGAGUCGACUUUCGAUUUCAGUGAAGCAGGAUGCUUUGAAAGGAUACAUGAUUUUGCAGCAGAGGGGAAUUUUUGAUAAAGUGUUAGAUGCCAGGAUAAAGUUUCAGAAAGCUUUGACCUGCAGUAAUGGUCUUCCUAUAAAUAUGGAUGCCUAUACAAAAUACAGAACGGAAUAUAGUGAUUCCAAGUUAGAAGAUACGAAAACACAAUUGGAAGACUUGAUACGAAAGAUAGAGCUAGCAAGGGCCAAGUUGCUUGCCAAGGACAAAAUGGGAGAUACAGUUUUAGCUGAUACAUUAGAAAAUCACUCGUUGAAGGAAUCGCAUACAAAUUUGGAAAAUGUGUUAAAUCCAUACAGAAAAAAGGUAUUAAUGAAGUGGUCCAAAAGAGUUCAGAAUGCUUCAGGUGCAACGGCUUUAAAUGCUGGAAAAUUCAGGACUAUCAACCAGAAUGUCUACACACAGCUCGAAAAUACGCUUCAGGAUACUGAUAGAUUAAUAAGAAGAACAAGGGUCAAUAGAAGACAGAUUCAACCUCUUGGAUAUGAAUUGUUCAAAAAGACUAAUGAGAAGGAAAUAAACGAUGAUAGAAGUGAAGAUUCCGAGUCUGAUGAUGAAACUGAAAAAUAUGAAAGUAAUAUCGAUAAGUCAUUGCAGGAAAAUCCAUUCAUAUUUGAUGAUGAUGACUUUUAUAGGGUUCUCUUGAACGAUUUUGUGGAUAAAAAGAUUUCGGAUAAAGAAGCAGCGUCAUCCGCCGCUAUAGUUACGUUAUCAAAAAAUAAAGUUCAUAAAAACUAUGAGCGUAUGGCCACCAAAGGAAGAAAAAUGAAGUAUACAGUUCAGGAACAACUGAGAAACUUUGAAGCACCAAAAGCCAAUUCAUAUGCCUGGAAUGAUGAUCAGAUUGAUCAAUUAUUUGCUUCAUUGCUAGGACAGAAGGUGAAUAUAUCGGAGUCUGAAUCCGAAAAUUCGGAUGAUGAAAAUUCAGAUGAAGAGAGAACUGCCCUAAAGGAUUCAUCUGUUAAAUUGUUUGGUUGA